UGUAUGUUUUUUGUGAACGUUUAUCGUGAGUAAUUUAGUAAAUUCACCGGAAGUGUUCGGUGGGAAUGCUAGUUCUGAACAUCACAUGCUAAUGUAAAGAAACACCGCCUACUGGAGAGCCAUUGUUGGCCCAGUUUAUUCCUCUGGCUAGUGAUGGGGAAACAGUAUCCUGAAGCAUUGAGGCUUUCCAGACAAUUAUGCCAAAUAGGUUAAUCACUCGAGGUUUUAAUCAACAGUGUACACUCGUGGCAAAUUAUUAUCUUUGCCUGAAACCAGUACCAAACCAAUCGGGUGGUUGUUCAACCAAACAAAGCUUCGGAUAAAGUGAUGCAUCGAAGUAAACUGCUUAGCCAUUUCGACGCAUGCCUCGGAGCUCCGGUAUCAAACGUAACAUCACUAUCUCUCUGGCUGCGAUUAGACAGGCAGCCCUAAUCUGAUGUUUCUUUUCACUAAUUGGUCUUUUAACCAAUCAGAUCAGCCCUGAAAAAGAUCUGAUGUGAUUGGUCAAAAACCCAUUAGUGGAAAAAAUAUCAGAAUUAGGCUACCUGUUUGAACGCAGAUUCCUGUAUGUGUUUUUUUCACCUACUAUGCAGGCCUUUUUGAUUGAUUUCAUGUGUACCAUGUUUAUCUAACUUGCUAAAGCUUUACAGAUUGUGUGGUGAAAUUGCACCUAUACUUCAAGCAAUCGAACAGCAUUCAAAUGAACUGCUGUGAAGUCCUGCUGUGAUACUUACUGACUCGCUAUGCUUCAAUUCACUUAGUUUUAGCAGGAUGCCAAAGACAUCUCCUGAUGGUUGGUGGUCCAACAUACGGAAGUGUCUCUCAGACUGCACCCAGACAUCUCCCUGUUAGGAUCUAUGCUGCCACAACGAAGUAAGUCAUCACAAACCCACACACACCCUCAUCGAAUGCUUUCCAAAUUCUCCUUUCGCAUCAUAGACUGAUUGAACAUAAAACAUUUUUUGAUGAUGAUUUACAUAUAUAUUUUUCACCAAUUUUCCACCAAUUCGGUGCCUUUUGAGAAGUGUAACUUCUUAACACGUUUUCCCAUCUCAAAAUGACUAAUAACUGCCAAAUAAAGUAACAGGGUUGACUGUUGAGUGCAAGCCUCACAAAAAGUUUUCACCGUAUUAAAGAGGUAAGUUGACGUAACAGGGUUGACCUUAACGUGAGGGAACCUGAACAUGAGGGACAGACGUAAAUGAAUCACUGAUCACAUGAAUUAAAUAAUAAUCAUUAAUUACUUUUGAAAAGCAGAAAAAUAGGGCUUUACAAUGAUUGUGAAAACCCCAAAAAUGUCUCCAGGUUAAGUGUGAUUAAAAUCGUUCUAGGAGUCAGAGGAACAUGUAAAAAUGCUGAAUUUAGGCACUUUAGCAAGUCUUAAUUCUUAAAAAAAAAUAUAUAUAUUUAUUGAAUUAUCCAUGUGGUCUUUAUUGAAGGGCUUUUACAUUCAACCCCUGUGCUACACCUUUAUGUAUCUGGACUUAACCCCAUCAAUCACCGUGGCCUGAGUUCUGUCACUAAGAUAACCAUGAGCAGGUGUCAGAGCUCAGACCUAUAGAGGACAACUUAUUCAAUUAAAUAGCUUGAUCAACCAUAUGAAAAGCUUUUGACAGGUCCACAAACAAAGCAGCACAUUGUCGUGUCUAAAGAAUUGACAAGAUCAUGAACAACUAAAGUGGUUGCUAUUAUAGUGCUAUUCCCAGGCCUAAACUCUGAUUGGAUCCCCAGGCCUAAACUCUGAUUGGAUCCCCAGGCCUAAACCCUGAUUGGAUGCCCAGGCCUAAACUCUGAUUGGAUGCCCAGGCCUAAACUCUGAUUGGAUGCCCAGGCCUAAACUCUGAUUGGAUGCCCAGGCCAAAACCCUGAUUGGAUGCUCAGGCCUAGACCCUGAUUGGAUGCCCAGGCCUAAACCCUGAUUGGAUCCCAGGCCUAAAACCUGAUUGGAUCCCAGGCCUAAACCCUGAUUGGUUUACAUUCUAAAUACAUUUUUCUGAUUUUUAAUUAAAAAAAAGAGCAAACUUGUACAUUUAAUAAGGAUUCAAGAAUCUGAGCUCGACAAGGAGGCCUUGAAAUGGUGUGAUAAUGAUGAAGAUCUCUACUGUCCCCAUCCUUAUGGAGCGGCAGCACAACAGCUGAUUUCCAUACUUUUGUUAUUUCAAAGAGAGAACCCGCUGAAAUAAAAUGGUGAUUAAAUGCAUCAAUGAUGGCAUUUUUUUUUGUAAUGAGGCCAGGGUCUGAAUUAAUUUCUUGUGGCAGAGAGGAGGAAGUUUCCUGAAUUUUAGCCGUGUUCCAAUUACACAAUGAUUCCUCAGUUGUUUAAAAGCUUGCCAGUCGGGGCCUAAGCAUGUGUUCCUGGCCUUGACCCAAGCAUCCAUCUCUUUUUAUGAAUGACUUCUGAUAAUUCCAGAGUGCACCAAUGCAUUCAAUCUGUCUUUAACCCUUAGUUUUUUAAAGGCAGCAUGAUUAUCCACAAUUGUAUUGGAUAAGACCUCUUCACAGUGGCUCAAAGCUAAAUCACGUUCAGGGAUAGCUGAAAUACCAUCAAGGUCACUAAAAUAAUAAAUCAUGAACUUCAAAUUCCAAAAACGGAUUUAGUAAUCGCAGAUGGUGAUGAAAUACAUAAUGAAUUGAGUCCAGUCAUCUUGGUAAAACAUGAACAGGAAGGAAACAAUCUAGUAGUUGAUUAAAGAAGACAUUAGUUGCAUCUGAAAUGGCACCCUAUUUCCUCAGAGCCUGGUUCCUCUCUAGAUUUCUUCCUAGGUUCCUGCCUUUCUAAGGAGUUUUUCCAAGCCACCGUGCUUCUGCAUUGCUUGCUGUUUUAGGGUUUUACGCUGGGUUUCUGUAUUGCACUUUGUGACGUCAGCUGAUGUAAAAAGGGCUUUAUAUUGAAAUGUUAUUAACAUGCACUGCGUUUGACCAGAGCCCAAAAGGUGCACAUCGUGCACAAUGGGGGUAGCGGUUCCAUUUGGGAUGCACACAUUUUGUUGUCAUGUUGUCCUAGGAUGGUAAACGUUGUUGAGUAAAAUCCAGAUUCCUUCAUCUGCUUGCCACAUAUUGUUUUUUAUGUAGGCUUUGAUGUCGCAGGCAGCACAGCAAUAUAUUUACAUGCAUGUUUUGAAUCUUUUCCAGAAAAAAGUGGAUCUCUUUGUCAGCACAGUUUAUUUACCAUACUUGUUCAAGACAGAUGUCAACAAAGUUUCAGUUUUUACAGAGAAUCCUGAUCAAGCCAAAGUAGCCCUGGAGAACGGAGCAGCGUUUGUGGGAGGAGCCGACCUUGUGCAGAGAAUCUUGGAUGAUGAAGUGGAUGUGGACUUCUACAUAGUAGUACUAGACAUCAUCUCCAAAUUACUGCCUCUGAAGAACAAACUACGCUUGAAGUUCCCCAAGAACAAGAGAGGAUCGGUUGGAGUCCACAUUCCCAAGAUGCUGGAGUUGUUCCAGACUGGCCAUGAGUAUAUAGUGGAGAAGGAACGCUGUCCUCACUAGAGUAGGAACGGUAAGUCUGAAGGAACGCUGUCCUCACUAGAGUAGGAACGGUAAGUCUGAAGGAACGUUGUCAUCACUAGGGUAGGAACGGUAAGUCUGAAGGAACGCUGUCAUCACUAGGAUAGGAACGGUAAGUCUGUAGGAACGCUGUCUUCACUAGGGUAGGAAUGGUAAGUCUGUAGGAACGCUGUCCUCACUAGAGUAGGAAUGGUAAGUCUAGGAAUGCUGUCAUCACUAGGGUAGGAAUGGUAAGUCUGAAGGAACGCUGUCAUCACUAGGGUAGGAAUGGUAAGUCUGUAGGAACGCUGUCCUCACUAGGAUAGGAUCGGUAAGUCUGUAGGAAUGCUGUCAUCACUAGGGUAGGAAUGGUAAGUCUGAAGGAAUGCUGUCAUCACUAGAGUAGGAAUGGUAAGUCUGAAGGAACACUGUCCUCACUAGGGUAGGAACGGUAAGUCUGAAGGAACGCUGUCAUCACUAGGGUAGGAAUGGUAAGUCUGAAGGAACGCUGUCAUCACUAGGGUAGGAACGGUAAGUCUGAAGGAACGCUGUCCUCACUAGGGUAGGAACGGUAAGUCUGUAGGAACGCCGUCAUCACUAGGGUAGGAACGGUAAGUAUAAAGGCAUUACGGAAUGACCUACAGUAUAAUCACCACAACGUUAAAGCAUACGUGUAAUCCUCACUAAUGUCUGUCAGAUUAUCCAAGUACUAUCCAGCGCAUCAUUGUUAGUAACAUGACAUGUACCUAUACUAGAGUAACUACGGUGUAAUUAUUAAUGAACUAGUAGUAGCCAUAGAACAUAGUUGUAGGAGCCAUUUUGGCCUGUUUACUUGUUUUGGACACUAGAGGGCACUAUGUUGGGGUCAUGGGUCACUGUUCACGUGUGUGUGGGGGGGGGCAGCACAGGUGACUAGGAACAGUUAGCACAGGUGAGAGGAGGGGACAUACAGUUGUUACAGCUUAUAGAAUGCAUCUCUCUGCACCUUUUUCUAUAGGAAUAUGUGUUUUGGAGCUAUUUUAUAUGUGCAAUAAAUGGGAACUUCACUCAAAAAGAAUAAUGUUUGGAAAGCUGAUUUAUUGUGGACGUGUUAUGGAAAGAUCUCUCCUGUGCCAAUGGCAGUUCAUUAGGGAAUCGCCAAUACAAUAGUCGUGCAUAAUUUACCAUUUUUAUGCCAGCAGUUAUGGAGUUGGAGAAACUCUACGUAAGCAGAGCCAACCUGUUUUUAGAUGAUUUCUGGUAUAAAUCAAUCACAGCACGUUUCAGGACUAAUUCAGUAGUUUUUACCUGAUUUAAGUAGAAUACUAUUGGCAAUUUAAUGUUGUAAGUUCUAUUUUAUAUUCAUAAAACAUGAUUUGAAAAUGAUCCUGUCGCUGCUUCCUGUUGACAACAACUUUUGAUAAAUAGACAAAUGUCAAAACACCAUUUUGAAGUGUCCAAAUCAAUAAUAAAUAUGCAGAAACAGUUUGAUAUAUUGAGAAAAAUAAACUGGAAAUAUUGUUCACAUCACUGGUCAGAGGACAACCUGCUGAAGUCAGUCAGUUACAUUUUGGAGUGAUGUAUUUUGAUUUGGGGGUCGCCAAAAUGGAAAGAGAAACGCAACACUUGUUUGUCCAU